GCCGGAAGUCGACAAAAUGCCUCAAGCCGGAUCCCUAUCUCCUCCCUUAACCCCCCGCAGCAACAGCUAACAGGUUGUCUCGGCUAUCAAAGUGCAUUUAAGGAAGCUGAAUUACUCAUUUUACAACUGAAACAUUUCACCAUGCACUUCAAGGUAAACGAGAUUCCUCACGGUUGCCAAUCCCUGGAUAGAACUUGGCGAAAGGUCUCCAUGGAUUUUGGUCACGGCCUCUUUAUCCUGAUCCUGCUAUCAGCUAAUAAAACUCAGAUAAAACUAUCGUGUUUGCAUUGUGUUGCCUAGAAGCAGCAUAAUCAGAUUUUCAGUGGAUUACAGCAACAUCAAUUGCUGGGUACUGGUCACAGUCUGCAAUAACAUGUCAUACAAUAUUACGUGCCAUAGGAGACGGCAAAAGUCACGUCAUUCUUUAUUUCAAUUUAAGUUCUUAGAUGGCGCAGUAGUCGUCUUCAAUUUCAUUCGCCAACAGAGGACUCUGCACUCUGGUGAUCCGAUGAGUGGCCCACUGGCCCUGAAUAGAGUAUGCAAUGGCAACGAAAAAAACAUUGAGUGAAAAUUCAGACAACAAACGCGUGUAUAUGGUCGUUCCGUAUUAAGAUUAAGACAAUUUUUUGUGAAAAUGUCGUCAUCCAAAGUGGUCCCUAUCCUUUCAACCGCGGGUGCUAUCCCUGUGAAAAAUGACAAAGGGGAGAUAUCUAUGCAAAAAGUUAAAGUCAAUCGUUACGUAUCAGGCAAACGACCAGACUACGCUACUACACAUUCAUCUUCAGAUGAUAGUGAUGAAGAAGAGUUUAUCAGACCAAGAAAGCAGGCAAGAGGAAGACCAGUAGAAGAAAGUCCUGAAAAAGAAUGGGACGAAACCCCAGAUCUUCCACUUACUGCUCACAGUGACAGAAGAUUAAAACGUCUUUUAAAUCGUGAAGUUGACGACCAUAGAAUUGAAAGGCAUCGUCAUAUCCAUGAGCCUGAAAUUAUUGGAACAGAAGAAGAUGAAGUAACACCUCAUUUAGAAAGUGAAGAAGUAAGUUUUAGCAAAAAUGCCCGAAGAUGGGAAUCAAGUGAAGAAGAGGAUGAGGCAGAAGAUCUUGAUGAAGAUGACAUUGAGCGCAGAAGAAUGAUUGCACGUCAGAAGGCUGUUAUUAAACAGCAAGAAGAAGAGUUGUUGGCAAGAGAGGAGGAGAAGGAAAGUGAGGAAGAUGAAGAUGACGAAGCUUCAGAAUAUGAAGAAUAUACAGAUUCUGAGGAAGAAACGGGUCCAAGACUGAAGCCCAUCUUCGUUAGCAAGAAAGAACGUAUAACCAUAGCUGAGAAGGAAAAGGAAUUGCAAAAACAAAAGCUUAUGGAACUUGAAGCUAAAAAGCUUGCCGAAGAACGUCGCCGCUAUACCUUAAAGGUUGUUGAAGAAGAAGUCAGAAAAGAAAUGCAAGCCAAAGACGAAAAAGACCUUGAAUCAGGAAUCUUGUCGGUGUUGACGGAUGCCGAGGAUGAAGAACUCGAAUACGAGACCUGGAAAUUACGUGAACUUAAACGCAAUAAGCGUGACCGAGAUGAAAGAGAGGCAGAAGAAAGAGAACGACAAGAAAUUGAACGUAUCCGUAAUAUGACCGAAGAAGAACGGCGACUGGAAUUCAAGAACAAUCCAAAGGAAGUCACAAACAAGGCACCAAAGGGCAAAUAUAAGUUCCUACAGAAAUACUAUCAUCGCGGUGCCUUUUACCUCGACGAAGACAAGGAAGUUUUCAAACGCGAUUUUGCUGUGCCAACUCUUGAAGAUCACUUCGAUAAGACUGUUCUGCCUAAAGUGAUGCAAGUUAAGAAUUUCGGUCGCAGUGGUCGAACCAAAUACACACAUUUGGUGGAUCAAGAUACAUCACAAGCCGACGCACCGUGGGCCACGCAUACUGCUCAGAAUUUGAAAUUCUACACACAGCAUGCUGGUGGAGUAAAACAAGUGUUCGAAAGGCCUGCUUUGAAGAAGAACAAUAACUCGGGUACUUGAGUUGUGGCACUGUUUUUAUAUUUGAAAUUGAAUUUUGUAACAAUGUCUCAUCUUUGUGGUUGAUACAUGCAAACCAUCAAUCGUACGUGAAUUAAACAUGUUUCCAGACA